GGCAGCAAAAAAAAUUAUGUUGAAGGGGAAAGAGAGAGAGUAAAAAGGAAACGAAAGGCAAAAAGGCCAAAACCAUAAUAAUAAAAAUGAAAAGAGAGAGAGAGGGACUCUUGGGGCUAGGGGAAGCAGGCAUGUGGAUGAGUGGGGGACACACCAAACUCAUCAAUUAAAACCCUUCGGAAUAAUUGAGUUCGUUACAGAAAAGAAAGAAAAAAGAAAUCAAAACCAAAAAACCCCAUCUCUCUCUCUCUCUCUCUCUCCACUUCCCACUUAUUAUAUUUUUGGUGCUAUUGGCUUCUGCUAAGUAGUGUGGGACUUGGGUGAGAGUCACAAGCCAAGCAAAGGGUAAAACAAAGCCAAAAGCAGAAGUUACCUCCACUUCCACAGUGCUUGGACCUGGUUUCUCUUUUUUGAAGAAGCAGGGGUCUCUGUUUUCAUCUUUCUCCCCAAGAGUUGGUGAAGAUGCCUAGAUCAGGACCCAGACCUUUUGAAUGUGUUAGAAGAGCUUGGCACAGUGAUAGACACCAGCCCAUUAGAGGUUCUCUCAUUCAAGAAAUUUUCAGAGUUGUCAAUGAGGUUCAUGGCUCUGCAACCAAGAAGAACAAAGAAUGGCAAGAGAAGCUACCUGUUGUUGUCUUGAGAGCAGAAGAAAUUAUGUAUUCCAAAGCCAAUUCUGAGGCUGAAUAUAUGGACCUUAAAACACUUUGGGACCGAACAAAUGAUGCCAUUAAUACAAUCAUUCGACGAGAUGAGAGUACUGAAACUGGAGAGCUUCUUCAACCUUGCAUUGAAGCUGCUCUUAAUUUGGGAUGCAUUCCAAGAAGAGCCUCCAGGAGCCAACGAAAUUGUAAUCCAAGAUGUUACCUUACUCCUGGCCCUCAAGAUCCCAACAAUUUCUCUCCUGGCAUAGUAAAUAACACGAUUCAAGUAAAUCACACUGUCAACCCACAAUGCAUACCUAAUUAUUCAAGCUUCAUAAAACCCACAACCAUGAAUUCAACCCACUUGGGCUCUAAAUUACGAAAACUUGUUUGCCAGAAUGUUACUGUCACUUCUAACAAAUUUCUCUUUGCAACUGACAAUGGUUGUCUACCCAACUAUGACCAGUGUUUACCUGUGGAGAAUCAACCUGUGUCAAGCUUGUGCUCAGUCUACCCUUUGUACUAUGGAAGUUGCCUACAACCCCAGCAAGGUUUAGGAAUUCUUUCUAAAUCUGUUCCUAGCACCUUGGAACCUGUCAGGGUGGGUAUUGAGCAAAACAUCCUUGCCUGUAAUGAGGAUCCUGCAGUUACAAUCAACCAAUCAGAUCCCAAGGAUAGUCCAAUGGAGCAGCUUGAAAUUGAAUGUGAUUUGUCAUUACGAUUGGGCUCUCUUUCAGCUCCUUUGCCAAAUGUUCAAAAGAGGCAGCUCCAGGACAUUGAAGUUGUUGGUUCUGGUCAUUCACGAGAGGGAAGUGAAUUCAACAGUCAGAUGCCACAAACUGAUAAGGAUUUCGCUUUGUUCACUAUGGUUAAUAUGGAUAACUCAUUAGAUUCAUGUCCAAGCAAAAUGAGUGAACAUGUAAAUGUAGAUGUGAUAAUGAAAAAACGCAAGGCAGUUUAUGUUCACCCUGUGGAUGAUCAGGCAUAUUGUUGGCAACCAAGGCUUUCAUGCAAUGAUUUUACUGGUAGAAUGAAUACUGCAGGUUCAUAGACUGACGGAGUCUUGACUAGCAGAAUGAAAAAUGUAGGUUUGUAGACUGAUAGGCUCUUGCUUCUGUUUGCUUCUUCAAUUCUUGGCAUGCCUUAGCUAGGAUAUGUCUUGCUAAAGCAUUUUGGGUAAUCCAGCUGUACUUGGUAGUUUGCCUGGGUAGUGCUAAGUUGCUUGCUACAAUGUUAUAAGAAUGUGAGAAGUAAAUAACCAAAUGUAAAUUAGAAGGAAUGAUCCUGGAGGAACUAACAGAAGAAGCUUGUGGUUUUAACAUGCAGAGAAAUGUUUUAUGCAACACAAUUCUAUUUUGGAA